AUGCCGGGCACGUCGAGAUUGCCUGCAAGCUUGCGCAGUAGCUUUGCGAUCAAGAAGGCCGGUUCCAGCCGCCAAUUGCUGUCUCUGAACAUCGACUUGUUCCGCAAUAUCGUGUUCUUUCUGUUCUUGCUGAGAUGGACGAGGAAAGCGCUGCUGAAGCUCAAGGGGCGAGGACUGUUCGGGACUUUCGCAGAUACCUACAUCUCCAUCCGCCGGGCUCUCUAUGGCCUCUUCCUCCGCGCCCCAGGCGUGCGAUCCCAGGUCCAGAAACAGGUUACUGAGGCUAUCACGAAGUUGCAAGGAAAGCUCGUGCCAUCUGGACCAGGCGUUAUUCGAUAUCUGACUUUACCGAAGGAAGGAUGGUCUGAGGAGACGGUGUUGAAGGAGCUGGAGGUACUAGCGAAUAUGGACCACACUAGAUGGGAAGAUGGAUUCGUGUCAGGAGCAGUGUAUCACGGAGGAGACUCUCUGAUCAAACUGCAGACUGAGGCAUUCGGAAAGUUCACUGUGGCAAAUCCGAUCCAUCCAGAUGUAUUCCCCGGAGUGAGGAAGAUGGAAGCUGAGGUUGUGUCGAUGGUCUUGGCUAUGUUCAAUGCGCCAGGCGGAUCAGCAGGUGUGAGCACCAGUGGAGGAACAGAGUCUAUCCUGAUGGCUUGCUUGAGCGCCAGAAACAAGGCUUACUCCGAGCGAGGGGUCACUGAGCCCGAGAUCAUCCUCCCAGAGACAGGUCACACAGCCUUCCGCAAAGCCGGCGAGUACUUCGGCAUAAAAGUCCAUCUUGUCGCCUGCCCAGCCCCUAGCUACCAAGUGCACAUCCCCUCUGUCUCGCGCUUAAUCAACAGCAACACGGUCCUUCUCGUCGGCUCCGCUCCCAAUUUUCCCCACGGCAUAAUCGACGACAUCACCUCCCUCUCCAAGCUAGCUGUUAAGCGCAAGAUCCCCUUACACGUGGACUGCUGUCUCGGAUCCUUCCUAGUUCCCUUCCUCGAGAAAGCCGGCUUCGAGACCGAGAUGUUCGAUUUUAGACUCAAGGGUGUCACUAGUAUCAGCUGCGAUACCCAUAAGUAUGGAUUCGCCCCUAAAGGAAACUCGACGUGCUUGUACCGCACCGAGAAGCUGCGUAGCUACCAGUACUUCAUCUCGCCCGACUGGUCCGGCGGCGUGUACGCGUCUCCAUCCAUCGCUGGGUCGAGGCCCGGUGCGCUCAUCGCUGGGUGCUGGGCCAGCCUCAUGAACGUAGGCGAGCUGGGUUACAUUAAAUCCUGCUCCGAAAUCGUCGGCGCAGCCAAGAAGAUCGCUGAAGCCAUUGAGCACAACCCUGGCCUGAGCAGCGACCUAGAAGUCUUAGGUCACCCGCUGGUAUCCGUAGUGGCGUUCAGCUCGAAGACUCUCGAUGUUUACGACAUUGCGGAUGCGAUGACGGCUAAGGGAUGGCAUCUGAAUUCGCUGCAGAGCCCGCCUGCGAUCCACGUGGCGGUCACUUUGCCGAUUGUCAAGGUUUGGGAGAAGCUUGUUGCCGAUCUGGAGGCUGUGGUUGAGGGCGAGAAGGAGAAGGAGCGGGUACGGAUUGUGGAGGGGAAGGGUGCAAAGGGCAAGAGUGUGGGUGACAGUGCGGCGUUGUAUGGUGUUGCUGGAAGCUUGCCGAACAAGAGCGUUGUGGUGGAGCUGGCCAGUGGCUUCCUUGAUACUUUGUAUAAGGCCUAG